CGUCGGGCCCGACGGGACCCCCGGUUACCAGCAUGUGGUCCGUCUGUCACGGAGGCUGGUGGAGCUCUGCAGGAAGGGCUACGUCAACAACGCCGAGGCGGAGGAGAUCGUGGGUCUGUGGCAGAACCUCCCUGAGGUGGAUAAGGGGUCCGUAGCGUACCCGUCCCGCUACAAGGACUCCCUGACGAAGGGGAGGUUCAAAAAAAGCAAGACCUACGCUCCUGGCACCGUAGCCCAGCCGGGGGUGGAGAGCAUGAAACGCUGCGUGGUGGGAACGGGGAGCGGUCCCGCCUCCUGGCCCGACGCCAGCCGCCUGGUGGAGGCGGUGUUUAAGGAGCUGUGCGCCAUGUACCCGGGCAGCAGGAGGGUGGAGGGAGUUUUGAUCAGCAAGUGGUCCCUGGUCUUGAAGGACUACAACACCAUCAGGUCUGUGGUAGUGAGCCAUCCAGCCCUCAAGACCAGGACCUCCAUCCAGCUCUUCGCCGUGAACCAGACGACCCUCUCUCAGUGGCACAAGAAGUGGACGGCAGCCAAUGAGAAGACCGUCCUCAUGACUGCCAUUCCUCCACUCCAGGCUCCGAGAGAGGCGGCGGAGUCCCUGCUGCCCGCCAUGGAGCUGCAGCGGCCACAGCCUCCUCCCAGCACCUCCCUGGUGUUCCACAACAUCCGUCCUCUGGAGCCCAGAGACGAGACCGGAGCCUCCCAGCCUCCUCCAGAAUCAAGGCCCUCCAGCUCUGCUUUG